AUGGCACAGGACUCCUCGAGGGGCCGAGACCCCUGUGGGCGAGCCAGCGAGCCCCAUGGCCGGCACCGCGUUACCUCAGCUGCCACAGCCCACUCCAGAGAGGAGGGGCUGGAGCUGUGUGUGCCAUCUCUUCAUUGCACUCGGAGGCGGCAGCCGAGUUUCUCCACAAGCUGCGCGAGGUGCUCAAAGAACAGGCGGCUGAGGCAGAAAAGGGUCAUUUCGGAAAGGAAACUGACACGCUAUUUUGUGGAUCACCGGAAAGUGCGUGUGGUUGGAGGACAAGGAGGAGGAGGGGGUCAUUCUUUUUAUAGUGAACCCCGAAAAAUAUUUGGAGGUCCAGAUGGUGGAAAUGGAGGUGAUGGGGGUCACGUCAUUUUGAAAGCUGACAGGCAAAUGAAAUCACUUUCUUCAGUCCUCCCCUUCUACCAGGGUUUUCAUGGAGAGAAAGGAGGAAGCAAAAACUGUUAUGGAGCUAAUGGUGCAUAUAUGUAUGUUAAAGUCCCUGUAGGUACAUUGGUGAAGGAGGAUGGGAAAGUUGUGGCUGACCUCGCUCGACAUGGUGAAGAGUAUGUUGCAGCUUAUGGAGGAGCUGGAGGGAAAGGUAAUCGCUUUUUUCUUUCCAAUGAGAACCGAGCUCCAACAUUAUUUACUCCAGGAGAGCCAGGUCAGGAAAGGGUCCUCCAUCUGGAACUCAAGACAACAGCUCAUGCAGGAUUGGUGGGCUUUCCCAAUGCUGGCAAAUCAUCACUUUUGAGAGCAAUCUCCAGGGCAAAGCCAGCAGUGGCUGCCUACCCUUUCACAACCCUAAAUCCCCAUGUUGGCAUUGUCCACUAUCAAGACUACGAACAAGUAGCAGUUGCUGACAUUCCUGGCCUAAUCAAAGGUGCUCAUCAAAAUAGAGGCCUUGGAAUAGCCUUCUUAAGGCAUAUUGAACGCUGCCGCUUUCUCCUAUAUGUGCUGGAUCUCUCUGUGUCUCAGCCAUGGAUUCAGCUGCAAGACUUAAAAUAUGAACUGGAGCAAUAUAAAGAAGGAUUGUCUCAGAGGCCUUGUGUUGUCAUCGGGAAUAAGAUUGACCUUGCUCAGUCCAGGAUCAAUCUGCCACUCCUUAAAGAACAGAUAGAUGACCGGGUCAUUGCACUGUCUGCAUUGACAGGAGACAACCUAGAGGAACUGUUGUUGCAUUUGAGAGAACUGUAUGACACUUAUGUGAAGACAGAACAGUCACGAGGGCAAAGCCCGGUCAAGUGGUAGGAACCAGAACUACUGUGAACUGUACUGGAUGGAGGAAAAAAAAAAAAUCGUAAUUUAAUUGGAUGGCAUCUGUGUGGUUUUGGAUUUUUUUUUUUUAAUGCAUGGGCCACAGCACGUGGAUUUGUUUUGGACUGCUGCAUUGGAAAGAUUU